AGGUGUGUGUGUGUGUGUGUGUGUGUGUUUGUGUGUGUGUGUAUAUGCGUGUAUAUGUGUGUGUGUGUGUGCCUGGGUUAAGGUGGGUGGGACGCUGGCUCGUUCCGGGAAUGUUCCAUGACGUGUUCUCCGUCAGUGAGCGGGGGACACUCUAGGGGGACUCUUCAAGUGCGGCUGUCGUUGCCACCGACUCCAUUCAAGUUCAUUAGACUUCAGAAAGAACAAGCCAGUGUUUUGUGUUUUGAAGCUGAAGCCACAGUGUGUUCCAGUUUUGCUCCAUAACACUAUUAUUCCCAAUCAUUUCUAGUCAGGCAUAUAUAUUUUGCUAAUUGAUUAUAAACUAAUUAAGUUGUAGGAAGGUUUUGGUUAAAGAUCUGUUAGGAAGGAAUGGAUCACUCUAGCAGGCCUGUACUGUUAGUGUUUUAACUCAGUGCUUCAUCAUUUUAGCCUGAGUAUUAGCAUCCUAACCCGAGGUAACACUUUGUAUGGAAGCACCGAGUGUGUGAUCUGAUAUCAGCACUGUUCUUAUCCUAGCAAUGCAUUUAUAACUAGCUCCAAACAUCUUCACCCAUUACUGAAUGUUGUCCUCAUCAAUGGAGCACAGAUCCUGUAGCAACUGCUAUUAAAUGUCUGUGAUGAUUUACGAAUACAGUAUGUGUAAAUUAACUUAUACUGUAUUUAUCUAAAAAACAUGGCUACCCAAGUGAAAACAAACUUGCUCUCUGUUUUCUAUAAAAUUAUCCGUAAUAUUUGUAUAAUAAAGAUGGUUUUAGAAUUUAUGGCAGUGUAUAUCAGUGUACUCAUCGGAAGACAUGGCAUCCAAGGUAUUUGUUUCUUGACAAAUUAUUCUGUUCUAUGCCAAAUUGAAAAAAAGAAUAACAUAAUAACUAAACGUCCAAUCAACUAACCAACCAACUAAACAAACAUUUUAUGCUUGUAAAAUGAAAUACCUCCACAAUGUUUUGAAAUCAUUUCUUUGAGAUUCAUGAAUGCAUCACAUAAUUGCUGUAGAUUUGUCAGCUUCGCAUACAUGAAGCCUGUGAAUCUCCCGUUCUGCCGAAGUUGGAUUCAGAUCUGCGGAGGCCGGUGUAGUACACUGAGCUCACUGUCAUGUUCACUGAACCAGUUUGAGACAACUCGUGCUUUGUGUCAUGGAGCAUUAUCAUGCUGGAAGUGGCCAUUACACGAUUGGGUAAAUUGUGGGUAUAAAUAGAUGCACAUGGUCAGGAACAAUACUCAGAUAGGCUGUGGCAUUCAAAUGAUGCUCGAUUGGUAUCGAUAAGGGGCCCAAAGUGUGCCAAGCAAACAUUCCAUACACCAUGACACCACCACCAGCCUGAACUGUUCACGCAAGGCAACCAUGUCCGUGAAUUCGUUCAGACCCAACCAUCUGCAUGUCACAGCAGAAAUCAAGGUUCAUCAUUUUCCAAUCUUCAACUGUCUAAUUUUGGUGAACCUAUUUUGGGACAGGUUAACUUGGGCAGUCUUUAAAUCCGAUAAGUGGAGUGAGGGAAGGUGAAGGAACGUCUUCAGGAAUGUGUAAUAUGUUGGAGUUGGAAAUUCCCAAACUGUCUCAUUAUAUCUGAAUUCACCCGAUAUAGGCCUUUGGAGAUACUUUAGUAGAUAUAGUAGGUAUAGUAAAAGUUCAGCAUAGUAAACAAAUGUUCCAGUUAAACAGGAUGUUUCGGAAAGCUGUGUAAGUAGAGUGCUUCUGAGGCUGUAGUGAAACCAGUGGACGCCUGAUGAUGUAAUAGCUGUAGUCAAUACAUGACAUUCAUUCCAUGGGGUUCCAAGCUUCUGAGAGAUGAGCUGUAGAUGAGCUCCUUGUCCUCACGAUUCCUCAAUUCAUUACUCCCAUAAGAACAGCUGCAUGUGGAACAUCUAGAACUGUUACGUGUAGGAGUGCCACAGGUUCUAUUAGCCUGAUCAUUUAAUUUACUCCUGACGAGCAGGAGUGAUGUUUGAUGUGUGGAGGUUCCUCAGAAAGGGAAGCUGUUUCCAUGUUAUCCUGAUGCUGGUUGAGAUUUUACGUAUAAUCUCAGCCAUUGUUUUAUUAGUGGGAUGAUAAGUGAGCACCAAAGGAAUUCUCUCUGCCUUAGCACUGAAUGAUUUAGUAGUCAGUACCUCCAUUCUCUCCGUAUAGUGUUAAUAUGGACCAUGGCAUGAUCUAUGAUGUUCCUAGGGAAUCCACAGUUAUGAAAUUAAUUGCACAUUCCCUUAAUUUUUUGAAGGAAGUUUUUAAUCUCACUGCAAAAUGCUUUUAAGUCUGGAAUUCCCAAACUAGGAUUUUUCGACCCCACAUGGGAUCGCAUAUACACAAUGGGAUCGCGAGCGAAACUCACAAUCUCCUCUUUUUGUUUUAUUAAUUUAUUUUCAAGAUUAUUAUUAGAAAUAUCGCUCUAUACUACAAAGACAAAUUUUCUGUGCUAAUAUUUUGAAACGUUCCUGGGAAUUCCUGUUCUUGUUGCAUUCAAACAAGCCAUAUUUAAAUUAAUAGUAUACAUGUUAUUGUAGUCCUUUUCACUAUCCUAACAAAUUUCCCUGUCCAUCUACCUCUGCUAAACAAACUAGAGUUGUGUUUAUGUACUGUUCUAGACUGUUAUUGAGCGCUAACACCAACCGGUUUUCCUAUUACAGUUAGUGUUUGAAUUUUUAAAACCUCUCAUGUAGCCUUCAAACCUACUAAAAGACUUGUUUCACAUACCAGUCUUCUGGAUUUUCUAUAUUAGCAAAUAUAUUUGAAUGUAAGGUCAGUUGAGAUGCAGUUUAUGACAACAAUCACAACGACAGUGGAAAGUUUUAAAGAGAAUCAGAGCUCAUCAGUGUGUUUGAAGUUGCUGUGCAUGAAGUGGCUAAACAUUGUACAGUUUGACUUGGAAACCUGAUGAACAGGGAUGUUUUGGCUCUGUGGUCUAGUGAAUGUCACAUUUAAUCCUUUCAGAUGUACACAAGAUACACAGGUGAAUGUGUGAACAAUGCCGCUCCUGUUGCCACUGCUUAUGCGUGCACACACAAAGUCACAAGUCCUGUAUAAACCAGGCUGCUCUGCCUCAGACCGGGUCAUAUCACACAACCCUGGCGUGAAUUAUGAUCCUAUAACAACACGCCCCUUAUGAAUCGUUCGAAGCUGGAUGUGACAGCUGAAAUAGACACGCCCUUUCAAACACAGGUGUGUCAAGAAAUGCAAGCUCACUCUCCUCUAGCCUGGUAAGUCAGUGCAAGGAAUAUUGCUUUAGCUUUUAGUCACUUAUAUUACUGACAUAAUCAAAUGUGCAAAUGUAGGCUGAUUAAGGCUUGGGGUCGCAGAAAAUUCGUAAUGUCCAUUUAGGGUCGUUUGCUUAAAAAGUUUAACAACCCCUGGUUUAUGUCUUAGUAGCUGUGAGAGAGGAAGGGAACUUUUGCAUUGCUUGGGAUGGGCUUAUUUCCCUGCAGGAGGAACCUCAUUUUCACGGCCUGUACUCAUGACCUUAUUCCUUCAGUCACUACACACACCUUGUGACCAUAACUGAGAAAAGUGACAUAGAUUUAUCGGUAAACAGAGAACAUUAAGAACACAACCACUACACACUGGUACAGUGACUCUAACCCUGCCAUUACAGACUGGAUCUCACACAUGAACCAGGGGCAAAGUCUUUCCCCUCUCCUGAAGGGAGCAUCCCCCUCUUAUUGUCAUUACAGCCACAGUGUGUUGUAGGUCCAAUUAGGAUGGCGCCAAAAGAACAUCAUCACCUGCAAAGCCCCCAUACUGGAAAGCUGUCCAGUCUUGGCUGCGUCUUCAUAUCCUGUCUAUUAAAACCACAAACAGGAGUGGAGACAAGACACACUGUUAAUGAGUCUGACAGCCACCUUUUAAACUUAAUGAGUGGAGUGUGGACACAACUCUCACUGCGCUCCUACAGAGACCCAGAUACCCCAUAAUCCUGCAGUAGAGUCACUGGCAGAUAAAAGAUUUUAGAAUGUGGUGUACACAUAUAUUUAUAUAACACAUGCAGUUAUGUGAAUUUACCACUUUUUUUGUCAACAUCAAUUGUCCAUGCUCUUAGAAACGGUCAUGUGGUGCAACUGUGAUUUAAGUAUAUUUAGGAAACAAAUAAUAUGUUUCCUAUAUAUACUUAAAAGUUGGACAUUUUUUAGAAGUGCAGUAAUUUAAGUAAAAAAUUUACAGUUACUGCCAUUACAGGUUACACCACAUGAUGGGGGAUCACACUGAAUGAUGAGAAGGACACGCAUGGUUAAAAAGAUAGACAAAUAUUGUAUAUCAAUUCAUUACAUGGAUAGAGGUGUAAAGCAGCGUUGGUAGAUUUUGGUGUUGCAGGACAAGGUUAAUAACGACAUAGCCUCAAACUAAAUGACGUGGAGAGGCUAUUACACUUGGCUUAUGCUAUAGGCUACUAUCUAGUAAAUUUUUAGAGAGCCCUGUAAUUUUCUUCAUGGUUGCACCAGAUGAUAUUUUUCUAAAGAGAACAACUGAAAACUUUUGUUAGUGAAUUAUGAAAGAGCUAUAUAGGCAAAAUCCUUUUCAGGGUUGAUCAGUAAUGCAAAACAUUUUUGAAACUGUGAUUAAAAUCGUAAAAUAAAAGAAUAUGAAAGAAUUAGGGAGCAAUUUCAAAUGAAUGCUCAGAAUUGCACUAAUGGCACCACAUGAUAUUCUGAAAAAUGACCACUACAUAAAAAGUUAGGAAAAAUUAAAGUGAGUACAUAUAUAUAUGAGAGGUACUAGAUAUUCAACUGGUAAUUGUUACAACAGCACUAACCAGGUCAUUAUCCUUAAAUGCAUGAGCGAAAUGUCUCUCCAUUGGAUAUAUAGUAUAGAUUGGUGCAGAACCCUGUUGGUGAUAUGUUGGUGAUAAUGAUAUGUAAUAAGUCAUUGCCUCCACAGGUUAAGUGAAUUUUUCAGCCUCCAUAAAGACUGUGCCAUGUAACAUGCUUGCAGUGCAGGCAUGAUCUGCAGCCUAGUAACGCCUCACAUAUUUGCAUUGUGCCUUGCAUUUGCUGCUUGCUAUAUGUUGCACGAAGCUUUUGUCACUUUUUAGGCGGCUAAUUUCUGUACCUCAUCGUCUCCGCAGUGACAGUGUCGCAAAACAUACCCAAGUGCACCGUGCUGCACCAGUUGUGGUUAACUUUGCUAAAUUGUGUGGCGGUUCUUGAGAUUGGGAUAUGGAAGGUGUAUCUUGAGUGGUUUGGUAAACAAGACAGUUCAGUGUAGAUCAGUUCAGUGCCACAAAGAAGAAGCCUUUGGAUUUAUAUUUGAUUGUGAUUUUCCUCAUUAUUUUGACUAAAAAGUUUAGGUUAGUUUAGGUCAUAUGAACAACAGCACUGCUCAAUUUAAACAGAUAAAAGUAAACAGAUGCUCAUAACUGGUGCUAGUCACUUGCUGACCUUAUAUCACCAUAAAAAUGCCUUUACUCAUGUCAAAUAAACAGCUUAUCCAUCUGACCCGUAUAGAAUGCUACAUUUUUAAUGUAGUUUUAGUAUGGAAUAUAUAUAUAUAUAUAUGGAGUCCAUGUGAGCUGCUAGAGGAGCUUGUAAGUAUACUCAUGUCCAAGGCAGACUGAGAGUGUCUCAAGUUGAGCACCAUUUGUACUGACACCUUGACAAAAUGAAUGCCUAUGACGUCCUUGCUCACCUCAUCUGCACCACAGGAAACACUCGUGGCCUCCCCUUCUUCCUGCUUUGAAAAUGAGGUAGUCUUUCUCUCAUUACCUGACUCUCUCACUCCCCCUUCCUUUUUUCACUUUGUGCAGCAGCAUCAGGCUGAAAGCUACUUCAGUUCUCGAAUAUUGCCGGCGGCCGCUGCCUGUCUGGCUUUUCAUGCGAUUGGAGCCCCCCUCUCCCUGCCCACUUUGGCUUAUACUAAAGAAAACAUGAUGAUUUUUUUCCUCCUCUUGUGCUGCUUCUUCCUUCGAGCAAGCAAGCAUAGCUAGAUUGACAGACCCAGAAAAAGUGAUUGAAAGACAGAGUUGAUAGGGAUGGAGGGCUGCAUUAAGUAGGUGGGAAAUAUCUUCAUGCACCAGUGCUGGACUGGAUUUGUGCUUGUGCUACAGACUUUGACACGACAGGCUCAUCAGCACUGACAUUUGGAUUCCCCUUCCUUCCCGGAGACCCUUAGCAGGAGGACACUGUGUCAGGGUGUGUUAGGAGCGUGUUUGCCUGCUUAACUUGCGAGACAACUAAGAGAAGAAGCCAAAGUGGUCCGUGUAGUCUCAGCACCCUGGCUAAAGGAUCCUUUCUGGCCUUUCUGGUUCCUCCACGUCGCCCAGGAUUCUAUCACAGCAUUCUUGGAUACUUAAGGAAGAUUUGAAGAGAACAGAAGUCAGCGUGGAUGAAUCUAAAAUAUUUAAUGAACAUAACCAUGCCAAAAGAAUAAUUGAUGGAAAGAGGUUUGGCUGCUGGUUAUAAAAAGGCAUUGUUAAAAAUUCAAAUCUGGAUCAAUUCAGAAAAUGGAAAUGGAGGACCUUUUGUUUGAGUGUCAUUAAUAGUAAAUUACCUGGAAUGACUAUAUAUUUGAAUGAAAUUUAAUAAACAGUACCUUGAGAAACCCAACUGAAAUACAGAAUAAUGGAGCCACAUGGAACAGCUGCUGGAGAAAAAUGCAGCAAGGAACCACGUGAGAAAAACUCUUUACAAAGAAAGUGGGUCUCUGAACCCUGUGCUGGUACAAAAGGAAGCACUUAUGCAGAAACUUUGCAAAGUGGUAUCAGUGGGACUGUUAUUGCAGCUUCUGGAAAGCUGCUUUUAAGUGCAGAGUCUCAGUCAUCUGCAGAAAGUCAAUUUUUUCCCAGGUCUUAUUCCUAUCAGUUACAACAUUCAUACCCACAGCAGCCCAUGCAGAAGCCUUUCCUUACCAGUACAAAGUCACAACCUGGUUUGGAGCCCCAUGCUUGGCCUUUCCCAGGCAAAUUGCAGUCUCUGCCACAAGAUGAUAUGUUUUCUGUGCACUCACGUUCUCAUGGAGCUUUCCCCCGUCAGAAGUCACCAAGUUUACCUAGUGCUUUUUGCCAGUAUUCACAGUCAGGCUCUGAGCAAAAAGACGAAGGACAUAAGAAGGAACAGAAACCCAAGAAGCCAGGCAAGUAUAUUUGCCAGUACUGUGGAAGGGCAUGUGCUAAGCCCAGUGUGCUUAAAAAACACAUACGAUCACACACAGGGGAACGGCCCUAUCCAUGUGAACCUUGUGGCUUUUCAUUCAAAACCAAGAGCAAUUUAUAUAAGCAUAGAAAGUCUCAUGCCCAUGCUAUUAAAGCAGGACUUGUUCCCUUCUCUGAGCUGGCGACUCGCACAGAUAUUGAUCAAGCAUCUUCAGUUGGUGAAACAGAGGUACAGUCUGAUGGAGAUCAAAGUACUGACACUGAUGAAGAAACUGCAGAAGGGGCCAUGUACCCGGAAAAAAGUAGCUCCAUACCCCAGAUAUCAUUUGACUCUGACAAAAGCACUUUAGAUAAAGGUGGAGAACCAGCAUAUGCAGACUCAGCAGAAGAGAUGGCCGUGGCAUCUAUGAAAGUGCCUAUUUUAAUUGUUCCUAAACAGGGGCUUACAUCAACAACCAUAGAGUGUACCCCAUUCACAGAAAUUAGGGGAUCCAAUAUGAGAGGAAUGGUCCAGGGAGAUGAGUCACAUACUGUCAAACAGAGACUUGCUUUAAGACUCACUGAUAAAAAAGGCCAGGACUCAGAGCAGUCUCUGAAUCUGUUGAGUCCACACAGUAAAGGUAGCACUGACUCGGGCUAUUUUUCUCGUUCAGAAAGUGCUGAACAGCAGAUUAGUCCACCUAACACCAAUGCAAAGACAUAUGAAGAGAUUAUGUUUGGAAGAUCUUGGUAUUACAGACCCAUCUCCAGAUCUAGACAUCCAGUUACAAUUGGAAUGACUGCUACUGCUAAUCCUGACCCGCACAACAAAUCUGCCAUGAUAGAAAUGGACAUGGGAAAGAUAUCAGAGGAUCACAUAUUUUUCAGAGAAACUUUUGCUGAAUCACAUAUGGUUGCAGGGUGUGACCCAAAGCAGUACCCUCGAGGCUCUCUCCUGGAAGCUCCUUCUGAGACAGGCCCACUUUUAAGAAGUAACUCAAUGCCAACACCAUCCCCUACCAAUCUUAACGUUCCAUCAGCUCUGAGAGGGAGUCAGUCCUUUGAUGAAAUGAUGUCUCCCGAUGAUGUAUUUUAUCCAGGGGCAGCUGGUCUAAGGAGGCUGAGGAGACAGGCUGCUUUUGAGCAUGGGGAAUCUGAGAACUAUGGCAAGAUGGGAGGUCCAAUCUCAACAAUGAAGAUGGGAGAGAGAGAACAGCUGAUGUCUGAGUUCAAAGGAUCAGGAUCAGAACUUGCUUGUCCUGAAAUGCGCACAGCAUAUGGCAGCUGUGGCACAAAGUUCGGAAUGCCAGAGAUGACAACAAGAAAACGUCGUAAAGAAAAGAGUGUUGGUGAUGAGGAGGAUUGCCCUGGGCAGUAUGAUGACAUGAAAAAUGUCUCUCUUGAAACAUCUGGUGACUAUGAUCUAAAACAAGGAAUUCAGGAAACUUCAGCGGCUGCCCACACAGGUAGAGGAUCUAUAUAUGGUGGUUACAAUUCAUUGGAAGGUUUUGAUAAAGUUGCUGGUAUGUGUCCAGAGGAUGUUGUGCUUGUUCAAGAUACAGACCGAAAGGCUGCUGUCAAUGUAAUAUCUGUUAUUCAACAUACUAACUUGCUUAGCAGGCCAAACUCAUUUGAAAAGACUGAUUCAGUUGAACAUCAAUCUUAUCAGCCAGAAAAGCCUGUUGGCCAACUCUCUGAGCAAUCUGACCCUGAGAACAUUGAUGAUGUGCAGAGUCCUGACUCUAUUCUGAGGUCUGAGAGCAUGGAGCAUCAACAGCAAAGUGACAGUGAAUUAGCAUCUGUUUCACCUAAUCAGCAAUAUCAUAUGCCCCACAAACUUGUACGGCAACCCAACAUUCAAGUACCUGAAAUUAGAGUCACAGAAGAACCAGACAAACCAGAAAAAGAACCAGAGGUGCCAGCUAAAGAACCAGAGAAGCAUGUGGAGGAAUUCCAGUGGCCACAGAGGAGUGAGACUUUGUCCCAACUCCCAGCAGAAAAAUUGCCCCCAAAGAAAAAACGCCUGCGUCUUGCAGACAUAGAGCACUCAUCUGGGGAAUCAAGCUUCGAGUCUACCUGUACCAGUCUGUCAAGGAGCCCAAGUCAAGAGAGCAACCUGUCCCAUAGCUCGAGCUUCUCAAUGUCAUUUGAUAGAGAGGAAUGCAUGAAGUCAGUGUCACCAACUAAGCAAGAUGAUUUUAAUAAACAAUCAGAAUUUUUAACUGUACCAGGGAGUGGUCAUUCUCUGUCAAUACCAGGCCAUCACAAGGAGAUGCGUCGCUCCUCAUCAGAACAGUCACCUAGUGGUUUACCUGUUGAGGUGCCAGAAACUCGUAGCAAAUCAUUUGAUUAUGGAAGUCUGUCAACCAAUUCAAGACAAGGGGAGUUAUAUGCCAGUGCAUCAUCCAUGAAGGAACGUAGACGUGGAUAUCUGGUUAGACAGGCAUCUCUGAGUGUCUAUCCUGAAGUUGUACCUCAAGAGCAAUGUGCUGAGUUAAACAUUAAACAAGAGCUGUCUGACCCCCAUGCUUUACCUUCUUCUUGGCAAGGCACCUCAACUCUAACUGCUCCAACCCACCUUGUAGCUGGAAGUGAUCUAGUAAGACAAAAAAGAGGAUCAUAUCACUUGCUUCAGCAGAGCAUCAGUGAAGACAGCCAAUCAGACGACUUGCAAAAGUCACCACGCUUGCCAGGCCAACUGUCAACAGACAGUGAGGCUUCAAUACAUGAGCACAUGAGCCAGGAUGUACUGCAACACUCCUCACUUCCAAGUAGCUUGGCAUCAUCACCGUUUUUUCAGACAGUGGUCUGGUAUACUGACCCAACACGACCCAGGCAACACCAGGGUAUCCAUCAGCUGCAGAAAUUACAUAUCCGACCACCAAAUCUACAGCCUAAUCUACAGAAAUCCCACCAACCUCUUCAUCAAAUACAGGUGCACAGUGAAUCAAAUACUGAUGGGGCAAGUCAGACUUAUCCUUAUGUCUCAAGACCUUCUUCACAAACUAUUGGCACUUCAUCAAAAGUGCUCACUACAAACUCACCUUUCUUACCGCAAAUUCAGCCAGCCUUUACCCCUCAAAAUGUAGGUUCACAGUCAUCACUUCCUGGAAUGCUAGUCCCUGUUAGAAUUCAGACAAAUGUGCCAUCAUAUGGUAGUGUUAUGUACACAAGUGUUUCACAAAUUCUUGCUACUCAUGCUCAGAGUACUACUUCUCUCAGAUUAAUAGGCUCAGACAAUAUAUCUACUAGUUCACUUACGGGCAUAUCUUCAAAACACCCGAUUGGAUUCAGUUUAUCAAAAAUCUUAGGUCAUCCGGAAGGAUCUUUGCAAUAUCCACUUUGGAAAGUUCCUGAACAAUUACCUGGAAGACUUAAUACUGGCAUACCAUUGUCCUUGACAUCAGGAACUAUUUCAACUACAGAUGCUUCCUCUAGUAUUGGAGGAAGUAAGAGAAUGCUGUCACCAGCCAGUAGUCUUGAACUGUUUAUUGGAACCAAGCAACAGAAACGGAUUAAGGAGGAAAAGAUGUAUGGUCAAAUAGUGAAAGAGCUAAGCGCAGUUGAGCUAAGUAAUUCAAGUGCACCAAAGGAUGGUGACACAUCACCACAGCCUGAUAUUUUAAAGAGAGACGACUUAGAUGAUCUGGAAAGGAUGUCCUCAUCUCCACCAGCUAAUUACCCAUCAUCUGUAUUCUCAUCUGCAUCUGAUGUGCCACACAAGGAAAGCUUUACUCCACCUCUCCAAAUUGUGAUGAACACCUCAAAAAGAGCAGAGUCCCCAGAGGAGCUUGAUGUAGACAAAUCCACUCCAGAGGCAACCUCAGGCCCUGAAUCAAUGAUCUCUUCAAGUGACACUCAGGAUGAACUGAAGCAGACCAAGAUCCCAGUAAACAUGUUGGUACAACUUGCUGCCAAUCAGGGUGGUGCUGUAUGUGGUAGCACUCUGCUGCUCACUGACUUAGCAGAUGUUGAUCAGUUCUUUCAGUUUCCAAGCCUACGUACGACAACAAGUGUUAGCUGGUGCUACCUAAAUUACACCAAGCCAAACUAUGCUCAGACAACUCCCUUAACCUCUGUUUAUGCCUCUUGGUGUGUCAGCUCCUAUAACCCAAACCCACUCAGCCUCAGCACCAAGGCAACCCUGGCAUUACUCUGCUCCAAACAGAGAAGGAACACAGAAACUUAUACAAUGGCUGCUAUGUAUCAGCCAGGGACUGGAAAACUUGUCUCAUCCCUGUUGUGGAAGCAGAAGUUUGAGCAGAUGAAGCCAGAGCUCAUGAAGCUGGAUAUUGGCAAGUUGGGAAAGAAAAUUAAAGGGGUAAUCUCACGGGACAGAGUGAAAGAGGACCAUGGAGAGAAGGAGGCUUCAUCAAAGCAGGCUGAACCCACACGCAUUAAAAUCUUUGAAGGGGGGUACAAAUCCAAUGAAGACUAUGUUUACGUGCGGGGCCGAGGUCGGGGAAAAUACAUCUGUGAAGAGUGCGGUAUCCGCUGUAAAAAGCCAAGCAUGCUGAAGAAACACAUUCGCACGCACACUGACGUUAGGCCAUAUGUCUGCAAGUUCUGCAACUUUGCUUUUAAAACAAAAGGAAACCUAACAAAACACAUGAAGUCAAAAGCCCACAUGAAGAAAUGCUUGGAGCUUGGGGUGUCGGUGACAUGUAUAGAUGACGUGGAGGGAGUUGAUACUGCUGAGGAGAUCCAAAGAGAUACUGGAAAGAUUGGCAUGUUAGAAAUCAUGGCAGAGCACCAAUUUUCAGAUGCAGAUGAUUCAGAUGGGGCUGAGGAAGAUGGUGAUGAGGUGGAUGAGGAUGAAGAUGAUGAUGAUGAUUAUGAUGGUGAUUCAACACCAAAGACACCCUCUCGAAGCACAAGCCCACAGCCCUAUGUCAUCCCCUCACAUUCUGUCACCGCAGUUGCCGCAUCCCAUGACACUGGCCCUGAUCCAUUAGGCUCAGCCCCCAAGCAGCCAAUGUUUGGCUAUUAUACUAGUUUGCCCAGUAUUCAAAUCACUCAACUCAUGGUGCCUAGCGAGAAGUCUAGAGAGAGCCAAAUGGCAGAAUACCAGAAACUGCUGCAAGGAGCUUUGGGUGAAGACCCCAAAAACAGAUUGGAGAUGCCUAGCUCCAUGGAUGAAGACCCUGGCUUGUCUCCAGAGCAUAGCUCAUCUUCUUUUGAAUUCUCCCCUUCUCGUCUGUCCUCACCUAGCUGUGACUCCUCACCUCUUCGAGAGCCUUCACCCAGUUGUAGGUACUUGUCCCCAAAACGGGACCUCUCCCCACGGGGUCGUUUGUCACCAAGAAGGGAGGCAUCCCCCCUUAGACCUCUGUCCCCCAGGAGAGAAAUCUAUAGAAAGGAUCUGUCUCCAAGAAGGGACAUGUCCCCCAGAGGCCUCCUUUCGCCUAUCUCCCAUGCAGGGUGUCCAGUAUCUCCUUGCAGACGCGAGCUGUCUCCCAGAGGCCGCUACAAGGGCAUGCUCAGACCAUUGUCUCCAAGAAGGGCACCUCACUCUCACAGUGGACCUUGGACACUCAACCAGCAUCCACAUAGAGAGAUCGCUUCAGUGGCUCAAAAGAGCAGGAGCCACUCAGACAUGAAUAUGAAUCAGAGGAAGAGUUGCUAUCCCCAAGGAGAUAAACACAGCACAGAAGCUCCCUCUACACACCAAGGUCUUUUUAGCCAUCUUCCCCUCCACUCUCAACAACAGGUUCGUACACUAUUCCCUAUGAUUCCAAUUGGUGGAAUCCAAAUAGUGCCAGGCCUGGCCCACCCUGCUCGCCUUCCUCUCAAGACAGCUACAACAGAGGAGUCCAGUGAGGCAUCUUUCCACUUCUCAGAGGGUUGUGAGUCUAACAACAGCCAACGGGCAGAGGAUUCAGCUCAACCACAAGAGAUGGCGCUGUCCCCAAAAGCUGUAAGUUCAGCCCCCUCACCCUCUCCUCAGAGGUCCAGAGAUGAUGGUAAAGGCCUGAGUGACAAAGAGAGCAAGCAAGAAGAAGGCAUCAUGACAUGCACCAAGGCCAUUGCUUCUUUGCGCAUUGCCUCAGAGGAACCCUUAGGAAAGGAGGCUGGUCCCAUCGAGCAGGUCCAACAGCACACAUUGUCUCAUUCUCCUACUGCCCAGCAAGAGAGUACAGCAAGGGGGAUUCAGAAAUAUAGCUCAGAGUUCAGGCACUCCAACACAGAAACUGGUGUGUGUGCCACAUCUAAGGCUCCUGCAGGAAGCUGCCCCCCUCUCUACAUUACAGGCCCUACAGAGAGGUCACCUGGCCAACAGGGCCAUAGCAAGAAUCCAUCCAGCACAACAAACGACUGACAACAGCUGAUUAACGUCAAAAUGGAGGACAGUACAUUACACUCAUACUGUAUGUUUACACAUACACAGUCACACUCAAAUAUUAGAGUGUACAUGUACAGUGUAGCAUGCCUUUUAUAACCUGGUUUGCUGUUUUAACUAUGGAUCCUUUCUUAUUUAAAAUGUCAGAGAAUAACCUAUAUGUUAAAUUAUACCUGUAUAUGAGCCUGACCAAAAUUGCUUAUGAACUCUGUCUGGUACUCUAAAAUGUACAGAUCUGUGUGCCUUUUUUUCAUUUAUGCUUAUAUUCUUAUAAGCAUAUAAAACACGAAGACAUGUAAAUAUGUCAAACUUUGUGUAUCAGCUUUGUAUUAAAUGCAGGUUGCUGUCUUUUUGGACACCGGAGUCUAAAUGAUGUGAAGUAUCAAUAUAUGUACGGUUGCACUAAAACAUAUUUUUAUAUGAGUGAAAUGAAAUGGCUUUUGUGUACAGCAUCAAUUCUAUAAUAAUAUUUAUUGUAUCUUGUUUCAUAAAUUGUAAAAAUUUCUUAAUGUUGUGGAUGCCUUUGCUAAAGCAUGGAUUUUACUAUUGCAUAAUAAGAAGAACAAAAUAUGUAUACUGUAAAAUGGCUUUCUAUUAGAAAUAUUCAUAUACUUCAAGCCAAACUUGUUUUAUUGGGUUUUCUCUCUGACACACACACACAACCACACACACACACACACACACACACACACAUUAUAUAUAUGCAGGUGGGUGUGUGUGUGGGUGUAAUUUCUUUACAUUGGCAACCCACAUAACACAGUAUGGUGGUUGGUAGCUUUAAGUUCUGACCGCCCCUUUCCUGUCAGCUAAAUAGGCUACACACUAGUUGUGAUAUUGCUGCUCUUUUAUGUAGAACUGUCAAGCAUUAAGUGAAUCAGCUUGUCGACUUGUUCACUUCCUUUGAAAACAUUCUGAAAUGGUUGUGAAAUGUUAAUCAUGUCGCUUGAAGUAUUUGUUAUAUUGAUUAGUAUGGGGAACAUUCCAACAGAUGUAUAUAUUGAAUGCCCAUAAUCCUAUAUACUCAUAGUCAUACAUACAUUGAAGGAGUUCAUUAUGGGCCAUGCCAUCAGUCCACAAACAUUUUUUUUUUUUUUUUACAAAUGGUUAUAAGUUGGUAAACUCCAAUAAUAACUCUUAAAAUGCACUUUAUAUUUCUUAAACCUUUCAGAAAGAUAAACCUGUGCUAUAAUGCUAUAUCUGAAACUCAUGCUAUAUAAAUUUUGGAAGUGGGAUUAAGGCAGAUUCAAAACUGUCUCUGAUUAAACAAUUUAACUGGAGCAUGGAGCCAGAGCACUCCCAUGUGUAAAUCUGUAAUUUGUACUGUGUGUAUUUGAUCCAUGUUAUUUACUCCUUGGACAUUUUUGUCAAUAGUACCUGGUAUUCACUGUUAAGUGUAUUAAUAUGUUAAAAACCCAAGGUAUCAAAAGCAUAAAUCAUUGUAAUGAAAGAGAAAGACAUACAUGAUAUACAUAAAUGGGUAACUUUGUGAUGUCAGUGAAAAUACAUUAUCAUACACAAUUUUGACAAUAAAUGACAAUAUAAAAAUAAUAAUAAAAAAAAAAACCUUCUGGAUCGUGUUUUCAAAUAAAUGCAACUGUGAAAACUUUGUGUGUACUUGAUGCUACUACUAUAAAUCUAUUAAUAAUUUGAUACUAGUCACCAAUGAUCUACUCAAGCAUUCUGGUGAUUUACAUACAAUAGACGCAAUCUUUAUUUGACCACAAUUUUUUUUUAAGUCAGUGACCUUGUCUUUUCUGCAAGGAGAAGAGAAAAGGCUACAUUAAGACAUUAGGAUUAUUUGAGAAGUAUAUUAAAGAACAUUUCAACAUGACAAUAUAGACAAUUUUUGAAGACUUUUAGCUGUUAAAUUUCCUGUUUAAUUUUUUGUCCAGGAGUUUAUUCUUUAUGUUUAGUUCUAGGGUUCUUUUAGGUGGUUCUUCUGGGGUGUGGGGGGAGACUGUUACUGUAUACCCUGCGGAUUAAGCAGAUGGAUUUGUACACAUAAGUGACUGAGUUUACCCCCAAAGUUGUCUCAGAGCACACAGAGAUUAUAUCAUAAUCCUUGGCCCAACCAGUUGGAAGAAUCUGCAUUACAUUCUAAAUUGGCUACAAUCAGUGGACUGAAAACAGUGAAGUCACUUGUAUCCAAUAUGCAAUAGACACUUCAUGUGUAGUGCUGCUUAUUAAUGUUUAAAUAAAAUUUCAUUUUAGUCUACUUGUACUCAACUUCGACAAAAGACUUUGAUAUGCUGUAGCCAUCUGGGUCAGAAGAAGUUCAGCUGUGCCCUCCAUUUCAGGGCCAAUUCUUCAGCCAGUGUAUAAUGUGGAGCUAGAGGACCACUGCCAGUUUUUCACUUCGUGUCAUGUGAAUUAAAUUGCCUUGGCAGCAGCAACAGUAUUGCUUUUUACCAUUAUUAUAGAUUUGAAUACUUCAAAUGAAUUCAUGAUUAACCAGAUCCAUCAGCAGCUUUUCCAACAACCACUUGAGCUAGUGUGAGAUCUGCCUUUUUUAAAGUGAACACGGGCAAGAGUUGAUUAGGAAAGCCUGGCUCAACUUAACGAGUUGUUAAUCUAUGUUGUGAUAUCCAUUAAGCCAGCUUGUCAAUAUUUGGUUGAGUGAAGCUGGCUAUCAUAAAGAAACCCCAAGUUUGUUGAUGUUGCUUUGUGGUACAGCCGUCUAGUCUGUUUCCAAUCUUCAUCUGUCCAGUAGAAGAUACUACAUUGGUCAUAUACUUAUUAUUGAACUAUUAUUAAACUUCAGACUGACUUCAAAGAACACUUUAAGCUUAGUUUAGGAUAAAGAACAUAGAAAUCUCGCUGCAAGCAGUGAUUAAGGGGGCCAAGCACUUUUGGCCUAACCCCUUAGAGAGAGAUGGAAGAAAACCAGAAGCCAUUGGGACAAUCAGCUCAAGGAGAUGAUUUAAACUAUAUUAGAAGACAAAAUGUCAAGCUGUUGCUGAGAUUUUUGCCUCACUUUCUGUUUUCAGUAGCCCUCCCAAUUUGCAAAUGAACUCAAAGGUGGUUUCUCAACAUCAGGCCAUGUUGCUAAUCAUAUGUGAGUGUCAAUAGGCAAAAGUGUAGCUGGGAUAUGCUCUCACUUUCUGUUUAGUGAUGUCGCUGUCAAAUUCGUUUGAAUGUUAUGGACAAAACAUCCCACAUAUCAAAAGUCUGAGAACCAAGUUUUGUUCAGGUUGGUCUCAUGAUGCUGUGCUCCAAAUUUUCCUGAUGGUUGGACAAUAUUUAUAGGAGAUGAAGUGAAAAAAACAGUUUUUGAUCAAUUUAAAAAUGACUUCCUGUUUGGCAAAUCAUAUUUUUUUACAAGUUCACUUGAUACCUUCCAGGAAAUCAAGAGAAAGAAGAAUCAUGACUUUUACUACUUUUAUGAGUUUUAUGAGUUUUACUACUUUUUCAAUUAUAGCACACCCUAGAGGUCAAUAUAGACAAAACAUUUGGGAAUUCCUUAGGCCGGAGUUCGUCAUUCUCCUACAAAGUUUGAUGUAAAUAUGUUAUUCUCUUGCCAAGAUGCACUCACUUUCUUUUUGGCAACUUCGCCCUCAAAUUCAUUGGAGCAUAAUGGACUAUCCCAUAUAUCAAAAGUCGAUGAAACAAGUUUUGUUUGGGCUGGUCAUGACAGUGUGUUCGAAACUUGGGGAUGAUUGGACAAAAUUUGUAGACGUCAUCCUUAGAGAGAUCCGGAUGCUUCAAAAUGGGAGCAGUAGUGAAUGCUGUCUUGAGCUUCUCGAAGGCCUCAUCGGCUGCUGUGUUCCAUGUCGGGCUCUUGGGUACCUUUUUUAGUAACAAUGUGAGAGGAGCAGUGAUGGAACUAAAGCCCUUGAUGAAUCUUUGGUAGAAAGCCCAGAAAUCUUUGGAGGUCUUUGAAGGUCUUGGGAGUGGGCCAUUCAGUGACAGCAGAAAAAUUUUCUUGGUCUAUGGCCAGUUCUUUGGGGCCUAUGAUGUACCCGAAGAAGGAGAUGGUAGCCACA